GCUCCAGCGGCAGCGGCAAAACGUACGCGUCGAUGUUGCUGUUGCGCCAGCUGUUCGACGUGGCUGGCGGCGGCCCGGAGACGGAUGCCUUCAAGCACCUGGCGGCCGCCUUCACUGUGCUGAGGUCCCUCGGCAGCGCCAAGACCGCCUCCAACUCAGAGUCCAGUCGCAUUGGUCACUUCAUCGAGGUUCAAGUAACAGACGGCGCCCUGUAUCGUACAAAAAUCCACUGCUACUUCCUCGACCAGACCCGCGUGGUGCGGCCCCUCACCGGCGAGAAGAACUACCACAUCUUCUACCAGAUGCUGGCCGGCCUCAGCGCCGACGAGCGAGCCAAGCUGCACCUGGAGGGCUGCACGCUCUCCAGCCUGCGCUACUUGCGCCAGGGCGACACGCGCCAGGACGACAAGGAGGACGCGCGCCGCUUCGAGGCCUGGAAGUCGUGCCUGGGUGUGCUCGGCAUCCCGUUUAUGGACGUGGUGCGGGUACUGGCCUCUGUCCUGCUGCUCGGCAAUGUCACGUUCGCGGACGGCCCCGGCAUUGAGGUGGAGGUGCAGAACCAGAAGGAGCUGCACUCGGUGGCGGCGCUGCUCGGCUUCAACGCACAGGCGCUGCAGCGCGGUCUCACCUCCCGCACCCACAACGUGCGCGGCCAGCUGGUGAAGUCACUGUGUGACGCCAACAUGUCCGGCAUGACGAGGGACUCGCUGGCCAAGGCCCUCUACUGCCGCACGGUGGCCACGAUCGUGCGGCGCGCCAACUCGCUGAAGCGCAUCGGCUCCACGUCGGGCACGCUCAGCUCGUCGGACGACUCGCACGUGCACCUGGACGCCCAGUCGGCGCACGCGUCUACCGUCGGCACGGCCGGCAGCCGCGCCAGCAAGAGCAUGAGCGUGCUGAACUCGGCCGUGCGCCACGCCACCGACGGCUUUAUCGGCAUCCUGGACAUGUUCGGCUUCGAGGAUCCCAAGCCGUCGCACCUGGAACACCUGUGCAUCAACCUGUGCUCGGAGACGAUGCAGCACUUCUACAACACGCACAUCUUCAAGUCGAGCCUGGAGUCGUGUCGUGAGGAGGGCAUCACGUGCGAGGUGGAGGUGGAGUACGUCGACAAUGUACCCUGCAUCGACCUCAUCAGCUCGCUGCGCACCGGCCUGCUGUCGAUGCUGGACAUCGAGUGCAGCGUGCGCGGCUCGCCAGAGACCUACCUGCAGAAGGUGCGCGUGGCGCACAAGAACAACGGCCGCCUGCUGGAAGCGCGCGCCACCCAGCCCGGCUGCUUCGGCGUGCAACACUACGCUGGCACGGUGGUCUAUACGGCCGCCGACUUUCUCGACACGAACAAGGACUGUGUGCCGGACGACCUGGUGUCUGUAUUUCACAAGCAGAACUGCAGCUUCGGCUUCGCCAGCCACCUGUUCGGCUCGGAACUGAAGGCGCUCUACAGCCAGGAGACGGUGCCGCGGGGCGUCAGCUUCCGCAUCAGUCCCACCAGCCACACCGACCUGCAAAACGGCGACGAGCCGGUGUCGACGCUGACGCAGGACUUCCACACGCGGCUGGACAACCUGCUGAGGACGCUGGUGCACGCCAAGCCGCACUUCGUCCGCUGCGUCAAGGCCAACGGCGCCGAGGAGCCGCUGGCGUUCGAGCGACCCACGGUCAUGCGCCAGAUCCGCGCCCUGCAGCUGCUCGAGACCGUCAACCUGAUGGCGGCCGGCUAUCCCCACCGAAUGCGCUUCAAGGCGUUCAACACACGCUACCGGCUGUUGGCGCCCUCUAAGCUGUUGCGCCGCACCGAGGAGAAGGCUGUCGAGGACUGUCGUCUCAUCCUGGAAAGUUUCCGUGCGACGCUGGCGCCAUCUAUUGUGCAACAGGAGAACGUCAGCACCGGCUGGGCGCUCGGCAAGCGGCAUAUCUUCCUCACUGAGGGUGCGCGCCAGCAGCUGGAGCAGCUGCGCGAGCAGAUCCGGCGUCGCGCCGCCGUGCUCGUGCAGAGCGCGUGGCGCGGCUGGCGCGUGCGCCGCCGUUGGCCGCAGAUGCGCCGCAACAUGGAGCACCGGCAGCGUAACAAGAGCGGCCCGACCCGGCCGCGGCCGCAGCCGAUCGCAGGCACGCCUCCGCCGGACGCGCUGGACCGCUGUGACCAGAAGACGAUCCAGCAGACGUGCUCGCUGUUCGGCCUGGACCUGGAGCGGCCACCGCCGCUGCCGCGGGCCCGCUCCUACACUGUGGCCGGCAACAAGAAGAUGGGCUAUCCGCAGGGGCGCAUCAUGAAGAUGACCUUCCCUGAGGGCGGCGGCGAGGUGACGCUGCUCAAGGGCGAGAAGGUGGUGGUGGUGGGCGCGGCCACCCGGCGCGGCCACCUGCUGGUGCAACAUCCAGCCGGCACCGUGGCUGUGCCUUACCAGUUCAUGGAGCUGAAGCCGCUGCCGCUGCCCACCUGACGGACCGCUGGACGCUGUCGACCGCUGCCUCGUGCGGGCGCGCCGGCCGCUACGCACGGCCGGCCGCUGGCAGGCGCUAACGCGUGGUGACGUCACCGUGGCCUCUGACGUCACGACGACCGCCGACCUCUGGGCGUCGCUGGCUCGUGCGGGACCGCUGGUUGUGUUGGCCGGCCCGGCACUCUAAGGGACGGUCAAUGUCGCACUGCUGCACUGUCGCACGGCACACUGUCGCGGAAAGGGGGGCGCUGUCUGUUCGGAGCGAGGCGCCGAGAAGAACGGCGCCUGUUAUGCGGUGGCUUGGCAUGAAGCUUUGGCUGAUGUGCUGCGAAAUGGUCUCUGCUUUUGCGUCUGGGUCCGAUAUAUUUUAUGCACUCUGACAACCUGUGUCACAGGUUAGUGAGUCUUUCGACCCUCUGUCUGCUAACUCUAUCGCCAGUCCGAUGCGGAACCUUGCCACAAAUUUUAACUCAAAUAUUCUACUAUCACGAUGUUUUCAUUUCAUUCCGUGGCGGUUUCUUCUCACAGGACAUCGAGCAGUGUGCACGUUGUGAGAUGCUGACCGUUCCUUCGAACCUCGCCAAUGCUAUUCUUCCCCGAAGUGACCGGGCGGUCCCAGGGAGCCGACAAUACUCAGUGCAAGGCUCUACCCUAGUGAUGACAUCCAGCCUCUGGAGGCAGCCGUUGACUGUACAGAUUGUAGCCACACUGUGCCAAAUCAAUAGUUCAACCGCGCCGCGCUCGUAAUGACGCCCAGAGUCGGGCCCGCUGAAUUCAGUGUGCCCAGCAACGAGCCCAAGUGCCAAGGGGACUGCGCUCGUGGUGCGUUCGACUGCGGCUGGUGCGGCUGGUGCUCUGUGGUGCCGCUGGCACCAGUGGCACCGCUGUGCGCCCAUUAUCCUCCGGUAUAUUGUUCCACACUGUGUGCAGGGUGACGCGUGUUUUGUGGCGCGGGCGAGUGUGGACGUGUGUGUGUUAUGCGUGUUUGGCGUCAAACACAUGUUGCCUGAGGUUUGCUCAACAGUGUAGAUGCUUGCUGUAAAUAUUUUAUUAUUUUAUUGUCUGAGCAUUACUAAAGCUUCUCCCACACACUUGACACGUGGUGGGUAUGGCAUAAAGGUGUAAUUGAACCGAACUGAUUCCGUCCUGUUACUUGUGCGUGAAAAGAGCAGAUCAAUCCUGCAUGUUUGAAGGCAUGGGCAGCCCGAGCCUGAGUAAGAACCACAUCGUUCCUUUACGUGUGUCAUCUGCAGUAAUAUGUAUUUUCAUGUUGUUAAUAUAGCUGCAGCGAUGUUGUACAAAGCUUGUUUACAAGCGAAACGGUAAACUAGUCUACCAACACUUCGCUGAAAUAUUGGAUUACCGUCCAGACUAAUUAAAUCAAAUGACGCACAUUCAAUUCCAGCAUAACGGACGAUGCAUGAACUGCAGGGCAAGGAACAUCGCCGGCCAUUGUCUUCAUCCGGUCAUAUUGUGGCACGCAAUUUAAACAUAUAUAUAUAUAUAUAUAUAUAUAUAUAUAUAUAUAUAUAUAUAUAUAUAUUCGCCAGCAGCUAUCGCAUUGGUGCGAUCAGCGCGGGCCUGCAGCUGCGAGCAGAAGCUAUUUCUGAGCAUGGCGGGAGUUAAAUGGCGUAGUAUCGGUAGGCCGCGUCGGAGUGAAAAAAAAAACGGGAUCAUACUUAUCCCAUGCUGAAGAAAAUCCUCCGCAGCUUCGCCGCAGGGAAUUGUCCACCAUCAAACCACCUAGCUACCAUCUUGAAUCGCCUUCAUUGACCUUGUUGAGGUCGUUCAAGGACGCCGUGCCGCGUGUUGCUGGAAUAUGGUCUUGUUAGUGCUUGUCAGCAUGCAGACGAGAUAAAACCCCACAGAGCAUUGCAGUCGCAGCAAAAAGCACCAAGCUCUUCUCAAACACCUAGUCUUUACACGGAAUCAAGUCCACCUAGCCAGUGGCUUAAACCAAUUCUGGCGAAAGGACCAUGAUAGCUUUUAGAUUAUCCAAAUCCUCUUGUGUUGCGCCUCAGCAAUUUGCUUUUGUUCUCUCCUCCACCAGGAGCCGUUUGAGCAUUUUUGCCCCGCAACCAAUCUGUGCGAGCGAAUCAUUUACUCGAUUGAGCAUU